UUCCCAAAAUCUUUUAUUUCCUCAUGGAUGUAUUAAGAUGGUGCUGCUACUCGUAAUAAAGUCAUUUUACAAUUCUACCAAGGUUUAUGCUUGUGAAAUGUGUUCAAUUACUACGUACACUUUAUACAAUUAUAUAGAUACAUAAUUUUAUUUUAUAUGUAUAUUUAUUUAUCUAAUUCUGUUGUCAUUUACAAUAGUUUACUUCAUAUCUGUUCUAUUUUCCAUUGACAAUUGUGCAUGUAAAUGCUCUGAAGUCUGCAACUUUAAUGUAUCUUUUAUAAAAAAAAAGAUACCAGUUAGAUUUUUCUGUAAAAGUUUAGCAUCAAAGCUUUUCAUCGGAAGCACUAGUGUUGACCAAAUUGCAAGUAAGAUAUUUAUUUGACAAAAACAUUGGCAAAGUUUUUUAAUCAUGGACUCAGGCCUUCAGUCCUGGUUAGUCUCAGGCUGAAAUAGUAAGGUAUGUUGUUCAUUUGAACAAAAUUACCGACAAUAUUGGCACCGGCUGGCUCGUCAAUGAGCUUGUCUCGAGGGCCGCGAGGAGGGACCUGGCGCGGUGUCACGGACGCGAUUCCUCACGAGAAUGGUGUCGAUCAUCGGGCGAAGUGCACGGCUCUCGAGUUCGCUUUUAAGAUAUACCUCGGCGGUCCUGCCAGCGAGUGGAAGCUCACCGGCUUCGUUAUGCCAGCACGAGAUCACAAGAAGAGACGAUGUCGCACUCUCUGCCGCGCCGACGACGGCCCUUACAUUGGGAGUGAGGUUAGGUACUCUAUCGACGCUCGCGACGAGAACUGCAUACCGCGGUUAUGCGGCUUCAGCACCGAGCCCGCCUUCGUCGGGGAAGCUCUCCGUAUUCCAGAGGAUGAAACAGCUAUACAAAGACUACUGGCACGUCCUGAUACCGGUGCAUCUUAUUACGUCAGCAGGAUGGGUCGGCAUAUUUUACAUCGCUGCGAAGAACGGAGUCGACAUAGUUGCCAUUAUGAAAUACCUGCACAUCAGUGAGAAGUACAUAGAGCUGGUGCAUAAUUCUGGUGCUGGUCACUGGGCGGUAGUCUAUGCCCUGUACAAAUUAGUUACGCCGCUAAGAUACAUCGUCACAGUUGGUGGCACGACUGUAGCCAUUGGAUACCUGCGAAGGUGGGGAUAUAUGCAUAAGAAGCAGAUUCCACCCAUGAAGAAGUCAUCUGCUGGUGAGACUUCUACCUCUGUAAGGGAAGCGGAUUGACCUCCAAAUCUGUACCUAUGGUGGAUUUCCUCCCGAGCGUGUUAACGACGGCAUUACACGCAGAUCCAUUAAUUUGUAUUAACAUUAUGUAAUCUACAUCAUUACUCGGACUUAAGGAAUAGCAUGGUUAUUUUUCAUUUUUGGAUGCACAUUUCCUUGGUAGAAGAAAAGACAGGAUUGAACUGAGACUUUCCUCAUUAAAUUAAUUGCAAGUACCGCUUUGUUUAAAUAGUAUCAUUGUUGCAUCAGUAGAACAAUGGUAACGCGAGUGGGAACGUGUCAUUUAAUGUUACGGAGGAAAUGUCAUUCUUAGGAUAAUUAGAAUGCUUAUUUCUACCAUUGUUCUAUUCAUUCAUUGUCCUAUGAAAACGUUUGCAUCGAGACCACUGUAAACGUGUUGGAAAAGAAUGCAUAUUUUUCCAAGUGUCCUACAUUUACUUUAUACUUAACGAGUUUCCAGUAGGCACUCUCCAAAAUGGAACCAUGUCUCAGUUUCUUCGAACCGUUCUCUUUCCGCAAUGACUAACAAAUCCCGACGUGAAGCGAUCUCUUCGAUGCCGCAUCCCCGUUUAGUUUUAUUUUCUGCAUUUAUGCAUACG